AUGAGCCCUACGCAAGCCUCCACCUCCGACGACCAACCUCUCCUCAAUAGUGCUAACUACAUCAUCUGGAAGCCACGUGUGAUUGCUACCCUCGACGGCAAACACCUCCUGGGAUUCGUCAUGAAACCCAACUACGAAGGCUUGUCCGACACCGAAGACGACGAUGUGGUGAUGGAACUGCCUGAAGAAGAUGAAGAUGAAGCUGAAUUCAACCCCGACCGCGCGGAGCUUGACUCGGCUGGUUCAGCCUUGCCUGAUGACGCUGCCAACGACGUCUCAAUCGGACUUCCUCAAAUUCUAUCCUUUACGGAGCAGAAGGAGGAGGAUGCCCGUCGCGCCGCGUCCAAGCGUCGCCCGAAGCCCAACAAGCGCGAGCUGCGCCGCCCGACGGCCUACGAGAUCUUUGCCACGAUUCGUGAGCGUUAUGAGGACAAGUCCCUCCAUGGUGACCCAUACUACAUUCAAAGCUUCCUCAUGAAGCUGAAGUACAAGGAAGGCACGGACCUGACUCUCUUCUUCCUGAAGCUGGAGCAAACCCUCCAUGCCUGCUCCGUUUCGACAAACAGUAGCCUGAGCGAUGAGCAACAGUCCAUCUACCUCUACCUUGCAAUGCCCACAUCAUGGCGCAAUGACUUGCAGAUCUGGAAAGGCACUCGGAAGUUCAUCCCAGUGCUGAAACUGCUCUACAAGCUGCCGAAACGGAUUCCCACGUGCCGACUGCCCUCGUCGCGGCAAACAACCGGUGUGACUAUUGUUCGCGCGAGAACUACGUGCCGAGUUCUUCAGCGCGAUCUCCUUGCUGGGCGAGUCAAGGGCGGUACCGUUCCCCCCGAAAACUUCUCUGUCAACGUCCCGAAUCGCGGACCUACCAACUCGCAUCCACGCGGCGCCCACCCCAAUUCCCGUCCCAAAAACGGCUUCCGCAACAACAGCAAUAACCGUGGAUACAAUCGCAACAACAACAGUGCUGGGCGCAAGCUGCAGUUUGACGAUACGGUCGAGCCGUUCGACCGCUUCGGCAACUCGGUCUCCGUCGACCGCGAGAGCGUCGACUUUCAGCAGCGCAAAAACAACAAGCAAACCGACUAUGGCAUCAUUGCUGUCACGGGACCCCUGGUUGAACAUGUGAGCCUCGCGGCCUCUGUGGCUACUCCCGACCUCACCUGGAUCGUGGAUUCCGGGUCUAUCCGCCUCCUCAUGGAAGAUACCAAGGGUGCCACGCGCACCGUGGACCUCGCCAACGUGCUCUACGCCCCCAAACUGAAGUUCAACCUUCUAUCUGUCCCUAACGCUGUCCGCAACGACUUCAAGAUCGUGUUUGACCCGAAAAAGUGCACGUUGUACUAUGCAAACCGCUACAAGUUCUUUGCUCGCCUGGCGACCUCGGCGGACCUUUAUCAGUUCAAGGCGGUCCCGGCCACGUCCACGAGCCCUCAGCCGGCUGAAGCUCAUCUUGCAGCUACAGCGGGCUCGGUGUCGACGCAGCUUGGCCCUUGCGAGGAGACCAAGCAGCGUGUACUCCGGGCUCCGCUUCUCUCGCAGAACGAUAGCUCGUGGUGCUCCAUCACGAUCCAGUCCAUCACCCGGCAGCUGUCCAUGAUGGCAGGGGUCGCGAUGACCCGGAUGAAAGCAUUGAGAGUGUUCGGGCGGCCGACCAGGACGUUGUACUCGCCCAUGUACACGCGGUCAUGGUGGCGCUACCAGUGGCGUAGAAUGGUUGUGUAG